ACCGCUGCAGGGUCGCCGACGUCUCCGGGUUUCCUCUUAGAGCCACUCUUGCUCUCAGUCCAGUACGGUGGCCGACGGGAGACAGACUCUGGGGAUGAAUGAAGGUUCUGGGGCAGGUCGAAAAAGUCUCCUCCGCCUUUCCUUCUCUCCAGAUUCUGUUCUGUCUUUGUGGGGUGUCUACCCAUCCUGCCCCCAUUUUAUCGACGACCCGGUUGGUCCCACCAUCUGAGUUCUUGGUGCCCGAACCGACUUGGGGCACAGGCAGGGUUUGGGGAUCCGGAUGAUCGCCUAGGCCCAACUUCGGACCGCGUUCUCGAUUUCUGCCGCGUCCCGUCUCUAAGACGCGGAAUCCCAGUGGGGUCCCGUGAGGCUGCAGGGUAGAGCUUAAGGAUCAGCAGUGACAAUGACUGAGUGUACAAGCCUUCAGUUUGUUAGCCCUUUUGCCUUUGAAGCAAUGCAGAAAGUGGAUGUUGUUCGCCUGGCAUCUUUAAGUGAUCCAGAGCUGAGACUUCUUUUGCCCUGUUUGGUGCGGAUGGCACUUUGUGCUCCAGCUGAUCAGAGCCAAAGCUGGGCUCAGGAUAAAAAACUUAUCCUUCGCCUUCUUUCUGGAGUGGAAGCUGUCAACUCUAUUGUUGCAUUGUUGUCUGUGGACUUUCAUGCUUUAGAACAAGAUGCCAGUAAAGAGCAGCAGCUCAGGCAUAAACUUGGAGGAGGCAGUGGAGAAAGCAUCCUGGUGUCACAGCUUCAGCAUGGACUGACAUUAGAAUUUGAACACAGUGAUUCACCUCGUCGAUUGCGUCUUGUGCUUAGUGAACUAUUAGCAAUUAUGAACAAGGUUUCUGAAUCCAAUGGAGAAUUUUUUUUCAAGUCUUCUGAGCUCUUUGAGAGUCCAGUUUACUUGGAGGAAGCUGCAGAUGUACUUUGUAUUUUACAAGCAGAGCUCCCUUCCUUGCUUCCUAUAGUUGAUGUAGCUGAAGCCUUGCUACAUGUUAGAAAUGGCGCCUGGUUCUUGUGUCUCUUGGUGGCUAAUGUUCCUGAUAGUUUUAAUGAAGUUUGUAGAGGCCUGAUCAAAAAUGGAGAACGACAAGAUGAAGAAAGUCUCGGAGGAAGGCGCAGGACAGAUGCUCUACGCUUCUUAUGUAAAAUGAAUCCUUCUCAGGCCCUCAAGGUCCGAGGCAUGGUGGUGGAAGAAUGUCACUUGCCAGGCCUUGGAGUGGCAUUGACAUUGGAUCAUACUAAAAAUGAAGCUUGUGAAGAUGGAGUGAGUGACUUGGUUUGUUUUGUUAGUGGUUUGCUGCUUGGAACAAAUGCAAAAGUCCGGACUUGGUUUGGAACUUUUAUCCGAAACGGACAGCAGAGAAAAAGAGAGACCAGCAGUUCUGUUCUUUGGCAGAUGAGAAGGCAGCUUCUUUUGGAGCUGAUGGGCAUUCUUCCCACAGUAAGAAGCACCCGCAUUGUAGAAGAAGCUGAUGUGGAGAUGGAGCCCAAUGUGUCCGUGUACUCGGGGCUGAAAGAAGAGCAUGUUGUGAAAGCCAGUGCACUCUUACGUCUCUAUUGUGCUUUGAUGGGGAUCGCUGGACUCAAACCAACUGAAGAAGAAGCUGAACAGUUACUGCAGUUGAUGACAAGUCGUCCUCCUGCUACACCAGCUGGGGUUCGCUUUGUUUCACUUUCCUUUUGUAUGCUACUGGCCUUUUCUACACUUGUCAGCACGCCUGAACAGGAGCAGCUCAUGGUUGUAUGGCUAAGUUGGAUGAUAAAGGAAGAAGCUUACUUUGAGAGCACUUCGGGUGUCUCUGCUUCUUUUGGGGAGAUGUUAUUAUUGGUGGCUAUGUACUUCCAUAGCAACCAGCUGAGUGCUAUCAUUGACUUGGUCUGCUCCACUUUGGGAAUGAAGAUUGUAAUUAAGCCAAGUUCCUUGAGCAGGAUGAAGACUAUCUUCACACAAGAAAUUUUUACUGAGCAGACAUGCACAUAUAUGCUCCCAUGUACCAGAUGGUCACACAAAGGAUGCAGGAGAAUCACGUCACUUUUUAUGUCAUUAAAUUUGAAGCAACUGGAACACAACUCUGGGAGAGUCUUUGAAAGACAAGUAGAAGUUGUCACAGCUCAUGCAGUUCGGGUCCCUGUCACCAGCAACCUGAGUGCCAACAUUACUGGGUUUUUGCCUAUUCAUUGUAUUUACCAGCUUCUCAGGAGUCGUUCCUUUACCAAGCACAAAGUGUCAAUAAAAGAUUGGAUUUAUCGACAGCUGUGUGAAACCUCUACUCCACUCCAUCCUCAGUUACUUCCUCUGAUUGAUGUGUAUAUAAAUUCUGUACUUACCCCUGCAUCUAAAUCUAACCCAGAAGCCACAAAUCAGCCAGUCACAGAACAGGAGAUCCUCAAUAUUUUCCAAGAAGUCAUUGGGGGUGACAGCGUCCACCUUAACCAGCAUUUCAGCAUCACAGCGCAGCUUUUGGUGCUCUACUACAUCCUGUCUUAUGAGGAGGCUCUUCUGGCAAACACAAAGACCUUAGCUGCCAUGCAAAGAAAACCCAAAUCAUAUUCUUCUUCUUUAAUGGAUCAGAUUCCUAUCAAAUUCCUCAUUCGACAGGCUCAAGGGCUACAACAGGAGUUGGGAGGGUUGCAUUCAGCUUUACUACGUCUCCUUGCAACUAACUACCCACAUCUGUGUAUUGUGGACGACUGGAUCUGUGAAGAAGAAAUCACAGGGACUGAUACCCUGUUAAGGCGAAUGCUCCUGACUAAUAAUGCCAAAAUCCACUCUCCUAAACAACUACAAGAAGCAUUUUCAGCCAUCCCAGUAAAUCACACACAAGUGAUGCAGAUUAUAGAACACUUGACUCUACUCUCUGCCAGUGAACUUAUACCAUACGCAGAAGUAUUAACAUCCAAUAUGAGCCAGCUGUUGAAUUCAGGGGUUCCACGGAGGAUUCUUCAAACAGUCAAUAAGUUAUGGAUGGUUCUUAAUACUGUGAUGCCUAGAAGGCUGUGGGUAAUGACAGUUAAUGCACUUCAACCUUCCAUAAAGUUUGUACGACAACAAAAGUAUACACAGAAUGACCUGAUGAUAGAUCCCCUCAUUGUCCUGCGGUGUGAUCAGAGGGUUUACAGAUGUCCCGCGCUGAUGGAUAUUACACUACACAUGUUGAAUGGAUAUCUUCUUGCAUCUAAAGCUUACCUUAGUGCUCAUCUGAAGGAAACAGCAGAGCAAGACAGGCCUUCCCAGAAUAAUACAAUAGGUUUAGCUGGACAAAAUGAUGCCCCAGAAGUUACCAGAGAAGAACUGAAAAAUGCAUUACUGGCUGCUCAGGAUAGUGCAGCUGUUCAGAUUCUCUUAGAGAUUUGUUUACCCACUGAAGAGGAGAAAGCAAAGGGUGUCAAUCCAGACAGCUUGCUAAGAAAUGUUCAGAGUGUUAUCACGGGCAGCUCUCCGAGUAAGGAAACAGAGGAAGGGGAAGACAAUCUGCUUUGUAACCUUCGGGAAGUUCAGUGCCUUAUCUGUUGUCUGUUGCACCAAAUGUACAUUGCAGAUCCCAACAUUGCUAAACUUGUUCACUUUCAGGGUUAUCCAUGUGAACUCUUGCCUCUGACAGUUGCAGGUAUUCCAUCUAUGCAUAUCUGUUUGGAUUUUAUACCUGAGCUUAUUGCACAGCCAGAACUUGAAAAACAGAUAUUUGCUAUCCAGUUGCUUUCUCACUUGUGUAUCCAGUAUGCAUUACCAAAAUCACUUAGUGUGGCUCGCUUAGCUGUCAAUGUCAUGGGAACUUUGCUAACAGUUUUAACACAGGCUAAGCGGUAUGCUUUCUUCAUGCCAACUCUUCCAAGUUUGGUCUCCUUUUGUCGAGCAUUUCCUCCACUGUAUGAGGAUAUUAUGUCUUUACUGAUUCAAGUAGGACAAGUUUGUGCCUCUGAUGUUGCCACUCAGACAAGAGACAUUGAUCCAAUUAUUACACGUCUUCAACAAAUAAAGGAGAAACCAAGUGGAUGGUCACGAAUCUGUAAAGAUCCACCUAAUAAAAAUGGAUCCAGGGACACUACAAGCAUGGAUCCUGACGUACAGCUCUGCCACUGUAUUGAAAGCACAAUAAUUGAGAUAAUAAAUAUGAGUGUUAGUGGAAUUUAAAAAAUUUUUUGAAUCAAAAAAGUGAAGCUGUUUGCUGCAUAUACCCAACAUGAAUCUGCAUCUGAUAGCAACUCCAAAAUGAACUGGAAUAGUAAGGUCUUGGAAUUGCUGAAAUGACUCAAUUCAACACGAGUACAAUUUAGAAUCUGAGAAUCAUGCUUGCUUGUAUUUGGUUCUUUUUUUUUUUUGGAACCUGGAAUUGAACUUGGGUCCUUCCACUUGUGAGGCAGGCAGUGGAACCACUGAGCUAAAUCCCCAGCCCCAUUUUUUUUUUUGGAACCGGGGAUCGAACUCAGGUCCUUGUACUUGCACAGCAGGCGACGAAACCACUG